AUGACUUAUGAAACUGAUCAAAUACCAAUCUGGGUGGCAAUAAAUGAUGUUAAUAACGACGAUAAGUUUGAUAUUGUUGUUGCAAAUUUCGGUUCUGCUAAUAUUGGUAUAUUUCUCAAUACAGAUAAUGAUACAUUCGUUAAUCAAACACUUUAUCCAAUGGAUUAUAAUCCAUAUGCUAUUGCUAUCAAUGAUGUCAAUGACGAUCAUCAACUUGAUAUCAUUGUGGCACAUAGCCAUAGUGUCGGCAUUUUAUAUACGGACUGUCAUUGA